AUGGGUCGGCUCGACCGGAGUGAUACCACGGCCUCACAGAAAACCGGCGUGAAACAACCACAGAGUUGUGUUUCGUCGUGUAAUUGCCUAGUGAUAGCGGCAGUGCUGUGCUCCUCCAAGCUGCGCAGUGUCACCAACCUGUUCAUAGUGUCGUUGGCGGUCGCUGACCUAUUGGUCGGCGUCGCUGUACUGCCUUUCUCAGCUACUAGAGAAGUCUUUGAGGAAAUCGGCGGUUCACGUGCGGUGCGCGUGACCUUCACUCGACCGGCCGGCUGGAGCGCAGGUGCACCGCCCGCCAGCUAUUGCUUCGUACAGCUACGCGACUUGGAUCGUCGCAUAAUCAACAUUGUGGUUUGA